CAGCCGCUCAGGGAAGGGAAAGGGCUCUCUCCGCUUUACGGCUGCUGAAAACCCUCCCUGCCCAGCCAGCGGAGUGCAGCCGCGCCGCGCCGCGCCCGGGCUCGCUCCUCUCCAAGAUUUCUCAGCUGGACAUUGGAAAUAGCUUUUGAUGGUUCUGGGCUUCUUUCAUUUGACCCAGGCGGAUUAAUCUAGAGAUUGUUACUCAAGACUAGAAAUAUGCCUUCAUGAAAAGGUGUCUGCAAACAGUGAUCCUUGCUGUCUUGGCUUUAAGAAAAAAAGAUGGCUUAUCGCAAAGUGAACGCAGACCAGAGAAUACAGGGGCACUCUCAAUACCUUGACAAUGAUGACCUCCAGGCCACCACAUUGGAACUAGAAUGGGACAUGGAAAAAGAGCUGGAGGAGCCUGGCUUUGACCAUUUCCAACUGGAUGGCAUAGUUGAUCACCAUUCAGGAAAUUCACAAAAUACUAACAUUGAUCUCGAGCCUAUUCAGCCCUCAGCAUCCCCUAAAGGAAGAUUUCAGCGACUUCAGGAAGACCCGGACUAUGUGUCACAUUAUACAAGACCCGCACCAAAGAGCAACCGCUGCAGCUUUUGUCGGAUAUUUAAACUAUUUUGCACUGUUUUGAUUUUAUUUAUUUUUGGAAUUUUAAUAGGAUAUUAUGCACAAAAAAAAUGUCCUCCUUCCCCCACUUCUUCAGAACCAAGUGACCCUCAUUUCUACCACGAGAUUCUCAAGGAAAUCAAAGCUGAAAAUAUUCAAAAGAUUUUCAGAGAUUUGAUACAGUUGCCUAGGCAAGAAGAAGAUACAGACAUUGCGAUGAAACUUCUGGUUCGAUGGACGUCUUGUGGCCUUGAAGAUGUUCAGCUAGUAAAUUACUCUGUUUUGCUUGACCUGCCAGGCUCUUCUUCAAAUACAGUAACUCUGAAAAAUAGUGGUGAAUGCUUUUAUCCUAGUGGACAGAAGUGUUACAGGGAGACCAAAAAACUUCACAGCCAAGACCUUCUGUACUCAUAUGCCGCUUACUCUGCCAAAGGAACUCUUGAGGCAGAAGUCAUUGAUAUGCAGUAUGGAACUGUAGAAGAUUUAGUCCUGAUUCAAGCCAUGACAAAUGUGACCAAUAAAAUCGCACUUCUGAAGCUAGGAAAAUCACCUUUACUCUAUAAGCUUUCUCUGUUAGAAGAGGCGGGGUUUGGAGGCGUCCUCCUUUAUGUUGAUCCUUGCGAUUUACCAAAGACUCAAAAUCUUAGUGGUAAAGCAUUCAUGGUUUCCCUAAACAGUGGAGGAGACCCAUCGACACCUGGUUAUCCCAGUAUUGAUGGAAACUACAGACAGAACCGAUCGAACCUUACAUCACUGUUAGUGCAACCCAUAUCUGCACUGCUAGUCAAAAAACUUGUUUCUUUACCUGAGAACAGAAGCAAAAGUGAUGGGUGUAUCCCUCUCAAACUGCCUGUGACAGAAAAGAGAAUAAUCAGUCUAAAUGUUCAGACAGUCCCAACAUACAAGACAAUUUCUAAUGUUAUUGGGUAUUUAAAAGGAUCUACAUUUCCCGAUAGAUAUGUCAUAGUUGGUAGCCACCACAACAGUGUAUAUGGUUACAGUGGACAAGAAUGGGCCAGUAGCACUGCUGUCAUCACAGCAUUUAUACAAGCCUUGAUGCUAAAAGUUAAGAGAGGCUGGAGGCCUGAUCGAACCAUUGUUUUCUGCUCAUGGGGAGGAACAUCAUUUGGCAACAUUGGCUCAUAUGAAUGGGCAGAGGAUCUCAAGAAAGUUCUCCAGAGAAACAUUGUGGCUUAUGUUAGCCUUCAUAACCCAGUAAGAGGCAACUCAAGUUUGCAUCCUGUAGCAUCUCCUUCUCUUCAGCAACUGGCAACAGAGAGACAGAGCCUCACCUGUCUGGGGAAAAUGAAGUGCCCAGGAUCCAAUGUGAGUUCUGUGCAGAUGCAGGGUGAUUCUGAUUAUUUCAUCAACCAUCUUGGGAUUCCCACUGUGCAGUUUUCUUACGAAGACAUCAAAAUAUUGGAGAGUCCAAGCUUUCUCUUUGAAGCUCUCUUUCCUGCACAUAACACAGUAACUGAAGAGCUGGAUCCCUUCUUCAACCUGCAUGAGACCAUUGCUAAGCUAACAGGAGAGGUGACUUUGCAAAUUGCCAGUGAACCGGUUCUACCGUUUAAUGCCCUGGACAUUGCAUUAGAAGUUCAGAACAGCCUUAAAGGUGACCAAUUAGACACCCGUCAGUUGCUGGCAAUGGCUUCAAGACUGAGAGACAGUGCAGAAUUGUUCCAGUCAGAUGAGAUGCGUCCAGCUAAUGACCCCAAGGAGAGAGCUCCUAUCCGAGUGAGAAUGCUUAAUGACGUUCUGCAAGGUUUGGAGAAAAACUUCUUAGUUCAACAAGCUCCUCCAGGGUUUUACAGAAACAUACUUUACAGGCUGGAUGAAAAGAUGAGCCAAUUUUCAGUACUACUAGAGGCACUGGAGCACUGCAAGCUACAUCAGUCAAAUGAGACCCUUCAAGCAGCCUUGUCAAAGGUGCUGAACAGCAUCAAUUCAGCUCAGGUUUACUUCAGUGCAGGACUUGAUGUGUUUGAGACUGCCUUUGCUGGAAAGAAAUGAGAAAACUCUCAGCAUUCUAAGAAGUUUGUUUACAAUUCACUAAGCAAAAGUUCGAGUCGGACCAGCAUUUCUUUGAGAUUAAAAGUUUUUUCAACUUUUUUUUUUCAAUCGGUGUUUAAAGGUACUACAGUGUGUAUUCUAAUAACUAUAAAACAGUCUUUUGCACUGUUCACGGUAAAUCCCAGAUGUCUCUUUGAGAAUGUGUAAAAACAUACUUGGGGGGAAUAACACUCAAGAUUUGAUUUUUAGAAGGAAAUCUGCUGUAUUUUUAUAUGUAAAAUAUAUUUUUAUGACUAAGGGCUCCAUCUUGCAAAGUGCUGAACAGUUGCUGCAAAAUGCUAAGGGCCUGAUUUUCAGAGGUGAGGAACACCCACUGUUGUAAGUAUCUCAGAGCUGUGAAUGUUCAGCACCUCAGCAAAUCAUGACUGCAGUACCCUAAAAUUCAUUGGUUCACCCUUAAGUCCUCCAAUACCCAGAUUUGCUACACCUCCACAACAAAUUCAUCUUUGUUCUUUCCCCUUUAUGUCUGGGGAGAGGAAGUUGAGGGAUGUGGGUUCAUUCUAUUGGUGUUCAGGGCAUGCAGGACUAAGGAGGUGGCACUCAAUACCUUACAGGUAGAGUCCAACAUUCUGAGACCAUCCUUACUCCUGUGGAUGAUGCAUAUAGUCUGAAUGUUGCUUAGGUUCUGGGAGCGUUAAGAACCUUUGAUUAUCCUGUUUCUGCACCAGAAAAGGAGAAUUUUAAUUGCAAUGAAAAGCAUGUGUGUUUUUUUUUUUUGUUUUUAACAAUUCAGAUGAUUUAGGAAGAUCUGAAUUAGUCGACAGAGUUGACCAAAAACAUUUUGAAUGUUUAUAUUUAUGAAAUGAAGUGCCUAACCUUACAGAACUAGUAGUACUACCCUGGUUAACAAACUGUCAACUUUUAUAAUGGCAUCCAUUAUACGGGCCCCCGUCUCUCCUAGAGUGGUAUAAGGGGGCCUUACCGUAAAUGAGAAUCAAAAUCUAAAAAUCCUAGGAAAGUUCUUAAGAUACAGGGCUUGAUUGUUUCAUUGGCAGGACUCAGGCUGUGGACUCACAGCAGUGCAAUCAUAGUAAUGCAAGCCAUCUACAGUUCCCACCCCUCCAGAGAUUCUGGAAUAGCCAGCACAACCCAAAUAGAUUAAGCAUGUCUCUUGUCUGAAACAUAAACCAGUAUUCCCUUAAUGGAAUCCUGUCUGAGGGAAACAGUAAUACCUCUACCACUGCAUAGCAUGGAAUUAUUGAUGGGUGAAGCAGGUACAGUUUGUACCUCCCUGCGCUGCUGAGGUGAAUGUGAGUGCACACAGGACAACUGGAAUGCUAGUCAUUUAAUUUUGCAAAACAGGUGACUGAAGGGGCCAAAGUUUACUGGGACUUAGGGCUUUAAAUCCAUAAAUUAUUAUAACUCCAUACAAUAAAAUGUAGAGCAUAUAGAGAAACACAAUUUUAAGAAUGAUUAGUGUGGCAUUAGAGCUGCAAGGAAAAAAUGAUCAGACGUCACCGGGACUUCCAGACUGAAAAAGGAGUUGCUGUCUGGGAUCCUAAAUAGUUUAUUGUUGCCUCAAAUUUGCCCAUGAAAAUAAAAAGGAGAUAUUUCAAUUUAUAAUGAAAACAGCCACAUUUCUGUUUGAAUGUAGAAAAAUUUCACCUGAGGAAAAUUGCAAAUUUGUCCAAAGGGUGCAACUUCAUGUCAGU